GCUGAGCUGUGCCUACGUUGGCCUCGGCUCCCGGGGACUGGAGGAGUUACCUUUGGAGCCCAAAAGGAGGAAGGAAGAAAAUAUAUCAACAACAGCGGCGGCUCGGGAGCCCCAGCCCCGGACCCUCCCUCCCCUCUACCCCGGCCCCAGGACAGGGGCCCGGGACCUCCCGGCUCCACCCAGGGCCCGGGCAGACGCCUGUCUCGUUAGUUAUUUUUCGAUAUCCCCUCCCCCCUAAAAAGAAAAAAACCCAUCACCUUCCUGCGCUUGGAGAUCUGAGAGGAGAGAGGACCACCACUCUUCCUCCCACCCCCUUCCGCGACACCCCCCUCCCCCAACGGGGGUUGGUGGCUGUGCUGGAACUGCCCUUGAGGACCAUGAACUAAUCUCCUGCUGGGACGAGCCUUUUCAUGAGCACACUCUAACACCACCGCCGGUUGAGGACCCACCUCCCAGCAAGGCCUUCCCCUCCCCACCUCUCCCCAGGGUUGAGGAUCUCUGGAGAAGAUGGGGCGGAAAAAGAUCCAGAUUCAGCGGAUCACAGAUGAGCGGAACCGGCAGGUGACAUUCACCAAAAGGAAGUUUGGCUUAAUGAAGAAAGCCUAUGAGCUGAGUGUGUUGUGUGACUGUGAAAUUGCCCUCAUCAUCUUCAACCACUCCAACAAGCUGUUCCAAUACGCCAGCACUGACAUGGACAAAGUCCUCCUCAAGUACACGGAGUACAAUGAGCCCCACGAGAGCCGCACCAAUGCAGACAUCAUUGAGACCCUGAGGAAGAAAGGCUUCAAUGGCUGUGACAGCCCCGAACCCGAUGGGGAGGACUCCCUGGAGCAGAGCCCCUUGCUGGAGGACAAGUACCGGCCGGCCAGUGAGGAGCUGGACGGGCUCUUCCGGCGCUAUGGGGCGCUGCACAAGAAGCACAGGGAGUGUGAGAGCCCCGAGGUGGACGAGGUGUUUGCCCUGACCCCCCAGACGGAGGAGAAAUAUAAAAAGAUAGACGAGGAGUUUGAUAAAAUGAUGCAGAGUUAUAGACUGGCCUCUGCAGUUCCAGCCCCAAAUUUCGCUAUGCCGGUCACGGUGCCUGUGUCCAAUCAGAACUCACUUCAGUUCAGCAACCCCGGGGGUUCCCUGGUGACCCCAUCACUGGUUACGUCAUCCCUCACAGACCCGAGGCUCCUGUCCCCCCAGCAGCCGGCCCUGCAGAGGAACAGUGUAUCACCAGGACUGCCCCAGCGGCCAGCCAGUGCUGGGGCCAUGCUGGGAGGAGACCUUAAUAGUGCUAAUGGAGCCUGUCCCAGCCCUGUUGGUAAUGGCUAUGUCAGUGCCCGGGCCUCCCCUGGCCUCCUCCCUGUCGCCAAUGGCAACAGCCUGAGCAAAGUCAUCCCGGCCAAGUCUCCACCCCCACCCACCCACAGUGCCCAGCUUGGGGCCCCCAGCAGAAAGCCAGACCUUCGAGUCAUCACAUCCCAGAGUGGGAAGGGGUUAAUGCAUCACUUGACUGAGGACCAUUUAGAUCUGAACAAUGCCCAGCGUCUUGGGGUCUCUCAGUCCACCCACUCACUCACCACCCCUGUGGUCUCUGUGGCAACACCCAGUUUACUCAGCCAAGGGCUUCCCUUCUCCUCCAUGCCCACCGCCUACAACACAGAUUAUCAGUUGACCAGUGCAGAGCUCUCUUCCCUCCCGGCUUUCAGCUCAACUGGGGGACUGUCGCUAGGCAACGUCACUGCCUGGCAACAGCAACAGCAGCCACAGCCACCCCAGCAACAGCCCCAACCACCACAACAACCACCACCACAGCCACAGCCACAGCCCCAACAGCAACAACCGCCGCCGCCACCACCGCAGCAGCAGCAGCAGUCCCACUUGGUCCCUGUGUCUCUCAGCAACCUAAUCCCGGGCAGUCCCUUGCCUCAUGUUGCUGCAGCCCUCACCGUCACUACCCACCCCCACAUCAGCAUCAAGUCAGAGCCGGUGUCCCCGAGCAGAGAGCGCAGCCCAGCACCACCAGCCCCUGCCCCCUUCCCAGCCCCUGCUCGGCCUGAGCCCGGGGAUGGCCUCAGCAGCCCUGCCAGUGCAUCCUAUGAAGCUGGGGAGCGGGAUGACGGGAGGGGUGACUUCGGGCCUACCUUGGGGCUGCUCCGUCCAGCCCCAGAGCCCGACACUGAGAGCUCAGCAGUGAAGCGGAUGCGGCUGGACACCUGGACAUUAAAGUGAUGAAUCUCCCCCUCCUCUAUCAACCUCCCUCUUGAAGAGUUGACAAUCUCACCGCCCCUCCCAGUCCCGGGCUCCUCCCCGCUCGACCCCCUCGUCCCUUUCUCGUGCUCCGUGUCCUGUUGACGGUUACAUUUGUGUAUAAUUAUUAUUAUUAUUAUAUUAUUAUUAUUAUUAUUUUUUUAAUUUGAACUCUCGCUUCUGGGAGGGGGAAGCAUCCCCUUCUCUUUCUUCUCCCCUCCGUUUUCAUGGGGGGGCACUCUUUUUUGGGGGGGGACAAUUUGCACGUUGUACACAUAUGCUGCAGGGGGGGAGGGGGGACCCCAAAAAGACUUUGGGAUGGGGCAGAAGCCGAGCCCUGCAUGUGGAAACCUCCCUUCACCCCCAUCCCCAAGAGAGAGGAAGUAACCAAAAAAAACCCCAUAAAAUGGACUUUGAAACCCUAGAACCUAGUUUGGACCUGGGGGAUGUCGGCUGGGUGCCUGGGUCAACACUGUUCUGCUUGUGCUGCAGGGCCUCAGGAGGGCUGCCUGGAGUUGGGGUUAAAAUCCCCAUGGGCCUCUGCCUCUCCAGUGCUAUUCAUAUGUUACCUAGGCUGCUUAGGUGUGGGGUGAGUGCUCAAGCCUGGAACUCCAAAAGAAUCAUGUGGAAGCUGCAUUCUCCAAAACUAAGGGGCAAGGGGUAGAGUUGCAGUUGUAGUGUGAGGACAGCAGGCCUUGGCAUCCUGGAGAAGAUAUGUUCUCACAUACUGGGAAGACUAGUGUCAGGUGGGGUGAAGACACCCCUUCCCCCAGGACCUGGAGGAACUUUGCAGUCUCUCUUUCCCUCUCUCUCUCUCUCUCUCCAAAUGGAAGAGGGUGGGGAUGAAAUAGGGGGCCACCUCAUAGCACAGUGUGUGGCGGGUAGAGAUGUGGGGUAUCCCCUGCUUAGGCAUUAGAGGGAAUCCUGGUAGUGGAGAGAGUAGAGGUGCUCCUUUUCCCUCCCUGGGGUUUUCUUCUAAAAUAUACAGUGCAAUAGCAUCCCUUCCCUCACCCACCCCUUUCACUCUGGCUCCCUAAUUCCCAACUCCAUCCUUCUGCCCUUGGUGCCGGCCUUUCAAAUUAAGCCUCAACCUGGAGGGGGUGGGGCAGAGCCAGUCUUCAUUAUGAUGGUAGAACGUGGGAAAGAAAUUGAGGAUGGUGAGCACCUGUUACACCUCCUCCUUCUCCACCUGGACCCUAACCCUAGUAGACUUGGACUGGCUUACCAAAAGACUGCACUAGGCUUUUCGGGAGGACCUGGGCAUCAUUGCAAACAUUGUGGGGUGGGAGAUCCAUUAAAGUCAGGAAGAAUCAGAAUAUUCUUUUAUCAUAGAGGUCAUGGAAAGGGGAGGGACACAUGCCCACUCCCCUGCUCACAUAUGAUUAUACACCAGAGGCACAGGUCUCGGAGGAGCCUACAGUUCCCAGAGCCAGGAUAUGGGGUAGGAUGGAGUAAAGCUGCCAGGCCUCACGUCCAGCACUAGUUAUAUCCUAGGGUGGCCCACUUUUUCGGCCUUGCUCCACCCCAGCCCACUCCUCUCUCCCUAGCCCCACCUCUCCUUCUCUUGGUCCUCCCCAUCCCCACCAGCUUGCUACCUCCUGCUCCCCACCAUCAUCACCGCCUCCUCUCCCCCAACCCCUCAACCACCACACCCCAUCUUUCCCUCGGCUACUGUAAUUGUAAAUAGCAACUUUGGAAAUGUUGGCUAUGUAACAGUCCAGGAAACUGUUUUUUUGUUGUAUUGAUAUGAAAUGAAAUUCUAUUUUUGUCAAAGUAUAUUGUAAUAAUAAUGACUCUGAAAUGGCCCGUAGUGUACAGAUGAGAUUGUUCUUCUUCUACUGUUGUUCUUGCCCUCCCCUUGCCCCACUUUUGCCCCUUUCAUUUUCUCCCCAGAUGUGUGCAGCUGGGGGGGAGGGGGGGCAGAGAGGGAGCCAAAGCCUGAGGCCCUUAGAUCUUUGGCUGUAUCUAAGAUCAUUAGGGAGCUGGGAGGAGUCCCCUAGCAUCCCCCACUUCCAUACUUACUCACAGAGGUGAGGUGGGGGCGGUGGGGAGGGCUGGGUUGUCUUCCCCCAUCCUUUCAGACCUUGAUGCUUGGCUUGUGUCCCCAGUGCCCUAGGGCUAGGGGCUUCGUCUUAGGUCUCACAUCACAGUUGAAACUUAGAGGUAGCAGAGGCCUAGUUCUGUAAGUGACUGUAUUUGCCCACCUUAGAGACCUAGCCAUUUGCAGUAUUCUGAAACUUAAUCAUGGGGGAGGAACCUGAAGCAGAGAUGUGUGUGUGUGUGUGUGUGUGUGUGUGUGUGUGUGUGUAUGUUUGUAUGCAUGUGUGCACAUGCAUCUGUCUUUGUGUGUUUAUAAAGUGAACAGCUGUCCAGCAUUUCAGCUUCUUGAUCUUCCCAACUCUGUUCUCCCAAAAGUCCUUCAUGGACAUUUUCUCCUGCUGCAUCCAGCUCCCUUCUUUGUUCACCCACUCAUUUAUUAAUUCGGUAAGCAUUUAUUAAUGCCAGAUGCUGGGAGAGAUACAAAGUUUAAAUAAGGCAAGAUCCCUGUCUUUAUGGACCUCACAUUCUCUCUACUUAGAGAGUCAUCUUUACUUGCUAAAUUAAAACACUGAUUAUUUUUCUAUGUCCAUUUUCAAGGGGGAUUUUGCGGCUGGUCCCGCCUGGCUCUCCCAUUUGGUCCUGUCUUUCCAACCUUGCCCCCUAAAGGAAUUGUCUUGUUCCAGCUAGACUGGGCUCUUUCUUGUCUCCCAGCAUGCCUUGGACUUUCCUACCUCUCUACUUGUGUUCAUCCCUGGAAUGUUCUGUCCUCCCCCAAAGUCCUACUUUUCCUCCAAAGCCCAGAUACAUGCAGUCCUACCUCCUUGAAUAAGUCCACGUCUCAGUCUUUAUUCCUAUAGAGCAGUGGUUCUCAAACUUUCUGGUCUCAGGACUCUUUAAAAUUAUUGGGAACUCCAAAGAGUUUUUGUCUAUGUGUUUUAUAUCUAUCCAUAUUUACCACAUUAGAAAUUAAAACAUCUUCGUAAGAUUAUGAAAAUUGCUUUGACCUCAUGAUCCCUCAUGAGAUGGUCUUAGGGGCCCCAGAGGUCCCCAGACCACACUUGGAGAACUGCUGGCCUAGAGCAUAUUGGCCCUCCAGCAUGCCCAUCUUCCCAACCAAGGGCAGGGACUCUGUCUUAUUCAUCUUUAUGUCCAACCCUGCCCACUCACCCCUCCUCUUCCACUCAGAAGCACAGUACCUAGCACACAGUAGUAGGUGGUCAAUAAACACUUGCAGGUGACUAAUUCUCCCCUUUUUUUGGCCAGACUUACUUCCUACCUGGCUCCAUCCAGCUUUCCUUGGCUGAGCCACCGUACCACUAAAUACCCCAGGGGAAUCCUUCCCUUACCCCCCCCUCCCUUUUUAUGUAUGUGAGCCCUGAGUGUGUAUAGUUAUUCAUCAGGUUUGCUUUCUGUCCUACAGUAGCAUUUCUGAUGGUGGAUAACUCUGGGUAUGUACAUGAGUGCACUUGCGUGCCUCACUGCAUUAUCGGGUGUGUGUGUGUGUGUGUGUGUCAAUGUGUGUUUGGAGAUUUUUUUUUAAGGGGGGGAGCAGAAUGCUAUAUGAGUGUGUAUCUGUUACAUUUCUGCAGUUCAGUAUCCCAAGGUUUAUCACAGGGCUUUCCAAUUAGAUAAUUAAUCCCCCUUGGAGCCUGGCCCUUCUUGGUGACAUGGUGACUCCCCUUCCUAUUCACUAGCCAAACUCACACCUCCUCCCAGCCCCUCCUCUUAGAACUGGGCAUUUGCCAAAGCAACCACUGGAGACAGCCAACACCCCUCACCUCCACCCUCCAAUUUUUAGACAGCUAUCAGGGAUGAUGGGUGAGAGGAAUCCCCACCCCCCCCCAAGCAAAACACCACCACCCUUUACAACAGUGCACUAAAUAGAGCGGCGAGACCGAUCCCCAAUCCUAAUCCUCCCCACCUUGGACAGAAAGGAAGCAAUGCACUUCUCUUACUGUUUAUUUAUUUGUUUGGAAAGACAGAGAUGAUGUAAAAGUGUAUCUAGAAAUAUCUAUAUCACUAUAUAUUUUUAACUGACUCUUCAGGAUCCCUUGAGGGGACUAGGGGGUGAGUUUAGAGUUCCAUAAGUAGGGAGCAGAGCCUGGGAACUCCUAGCUUUCCCUUCUGCCCCCCUCCAUGGAAACAUUGGUAGGAGGGAUGGGAUUGGGUGGGGCUGGAUCAUUUUUGAUGGAGAAUCUGGAUUCUCUUGCAUCCCUCCCCAGCCCAGGUCUAAGGAAGGGGAGUGGAAAGCUCAAGGAGGUAUCCAUCCUCCCCCCGACCCUCCCCCCCAUUCCCAAACCUGACAAUCACCCGAUCCCCUGUGGCUCUGCCUGGGUCCUGGGGGCGGGGGGAGUCGAAAGCGUGUGGCUGUUGAUUUGUUUUCAAUAUUUCUUUCCGUGCUGUAUGGUGAUGCUUUCUUGGUAUUCUACACAAUAAGAAAAGACAAAAAAGUCCUCAAGUUCUUAUGAGUUUUGUUUGAAAACUCUUUCACUAUAUUUGUUGUAAAGAGGUUUACUAUUAAAAGAAAAAAUACACGUUUCUGAUAACUUUG